UAGUCACUUGAUAAUGAAUCAUUGGGAGUGGCAAGUUAGGUUGAGUUAUAUUCCGAAUGGUUAGUUUCUGCUUUUAAAAACAAAAGUGCAUCGUUUUUAAUGUUAAGAAAAUCAAAAUAAAAUAUGAAAUGUACAGAAGUUUUAGCCAGAAUAAAGAUCUUACAACGUUAUAAUAUUGCAUGGAAAUUUGACUGCAUAAUAUUUCUAUAAAUGACUUGUAAAUGAGAUAUUUAAAUGAUACAAUUGUAUAUUUUUAUCAUAUUCAUAUUAUUAUUUCAAAAUUAUAUUUUAUCGUAUUAUCAAGAUUUUGAUAAAAGUUUAUUCGACGCUUCUCGAUAGUGCGGAGAAGAAAAGAAAGGAGAGUCCUGCAAGUCAAUAUAUAAAAGAAUGGGGAUUCAAACGUUUAUAUUCUUCGAUUUAGAAACGACUGGUCUGAUUAAUGGAAAUAGCAUACCAAGAAUCACUGAAAUUGCAUUAAUUGGUGUUGCAAGAGAGUCUAUAUACAAUAGUAACAAAACAUCUUUACCGCGAGUUUUACAUAAAUUAGUCCUUCCAAUUAAUCCCCAAAAAGUCAUACCACCAAAUGUGCAACACAUGACAAAACUAUAUAAUGAUGACAUGUUGCUACUGCAGCCUUUUGAGUGUGAAGUUUAUGAAUCAAUAAUGUGCUUCCUACAGCGUCUCACACCACCAAUUUGUUUUGUAGCACAUAAUGGUAACAGAUUCGAUUAUCCGAUAUUCUUGCAGGAACUCGAACGCAUAAAUAAGCCUCUCAACGACAAAAUCCUCUGCAUUGAUACGUGGAAGAUGUUUCAAGAUUUCUUCAACAAAAGAGACUCGGAAGCAAAGCUAGUCCAAGAUUGUUUAACCGAUGAAUACAAUAAUUCGCUUUCCAUAUUAGAUAUAGAUAUAAUCACGACAGAGCAAAAAGUUGAAAUUGCUACUGCAACGGCAUCUCGUUUGCAAACGACAGCUCAUUAUGAUGAGUGUAUCAAAGAUAAAAACAAUAAAAACUACGAUAUAAAUGAAGAGUACAACAAUGACAUCGAUGUUGAAUCGUCGAAGAAUUUUAGACAAAAAGCUAAUGAGACAACACCAGAGUCUCAAAUAAUUAGGCAAAAUAAAGGCGUUUUUGUAGAACGUCCAUUUAAAAAAAAUCCAAAGAAAAAAUUAGAUUUCGGACGUGUAAGACCAAUCAGUUUAAAACUCAAUGAUAUUUACGAAUAUAUGUUCGGUUCAAAUUUCUCUCACGAGCAUUCGGCCGAGGCUGACUGUCUUGCUAUGAUACGCUGCGUCACCAAUAUUGUUGACUUCUUCUUCGAAUGGUCAGACAAUCACGCAGCUCCAUUGGUUUGCUAUAAAAGAACAUAGAAACGUUAUUAAUUGUUAUUGUAGACAAUGAAAAUGGUACAAAUGAGUAAAAAAUCAUACAAAAUAAGACAGCAUUAAAGGAGUACAUGUGAUUGUUGUAAUUAAGAUGCAAGGCUAGUAUAUGAAAUUAGAAAUAAUGUCUCGAAACUACAUUGUAUUAUUAAGUACAAGAGUAUCCAUAAGUAUCCAAAAGAGUAUCUCAUAACACUUAAAAUAUUAACUUCAAUGGGGCUAUUUGUGAUAAUAAAAGAUGACUUAUUUCCUUUU